UGUGAUCACAAUAUAACCAAUAAAUCAAAAUUUAAACCAUUUUCCGCUUUAAAGAUACAUUAUUUGUCCGUUAUAAUGACCAAUAUAAUAUUUGCUUAUGAUAAUGACAUUUGAAGAAGCUAUCAUGAUUGAAUUGAAAGCUAUGAGAUUUACAUUUAAAAUAUAAUUCAAACUUGUACUAGAAGUUUCACGACUAACACGACUCAGCAAAUGAAGUCCCUACCGAGAGCAUUAUUUGUGCUGUCCAUAUUUUUGUUCCUUUUUCUUAUUUUGCUAAUUAUUCAAGAUUCUGGGGAAGCGGAUGUCACUGGGUGGGAAUUCAACAAGAGUCGAAACCUUAAUCACUACAUUAAAAAAAACAAGUUAACCCCUAUAAUUUUCCCAGAAAAGUUCUGUGAUCGACCUUCAUUGUUGGUGAUAAUGAUCACCACUUCGCCAAAUAGAACAGAGACGAGGACUGCAAUAAGGGAGACCUGGGGCAAAGAUAAGAAGAUUCUGGGUUAUGAUAUAUCACUAUAUUUUUUAUUGGGAAAGACAUCUGACGCAAAUACUCAGUUAUUUGUGGACUACGAAAGCCAGAAUUAUAAAGACAUAAUCCAGGAAGAUUUUGAAGAUACAUAUAACAAUCUUACUAUUAAAUCAGCAAUAAUGUUAAAAAUAUUUAAUGCAAAGUGUUCGCGCAACUCUCAAUACCUUUUAAAGAUAGAUGAUGAUAUGUAUUUGAGUCUGCCGAAACUAGUGAAUCAAUUAGUCAAUAGAAACACUUCUGGCAGUUUGCUCAUGGGUGGUGUAAUUUGUGGUGCCAGGCCAAUAAGAGACCAUCAUGAUAAGUGGUAUGCACCCACCUAUUUGUAUCCAGGCCCUGUUUAUCCAAAAUAUAUAUCAGGAACAAGCUACUUAAUGUCCUCAGAUGUUGCGGAAAAGAUUUUUAGAACAGCGUUAGAAACCCCUAUAUUUCAUUUAGAAGAUGUUUAUUUUACAGGAAUUUGCUCAAAGAUAGCUGCUAUUGAAUUAACGCACAACCCAUUAUUCACUUACCGUUGGUUAGGAAGAAAUUAUUGCCUUUUUAGGCAAUUAAUUACUGUUCAUUACUUGUCACCUAAUCAAAUACGUGGCGUUCAUAAUGCAUCAAUAGAUCCAACGAUUGCUGCUGGCUGCGAAGUUGAAAAGGAAACAUUCAAGGUGCACAGAUGGAUGAUGGAUAAUGUCCUUACGAUUAAUAAAACGCAUCGUCGAAGAACAUGUUCAUAAUGUUG